AUGCUAUUCGAUAACGCCUAUUAUUUAUCUGACCCUUUGGAGCAAUUGAAACCUCAGAAAUUGGAUUCUAAUGUUUUCUUUGGACCUCUGAACACUUUGACUCAAUUCGAUUUUAUUAAAGAUAAUAAUGUUAAAUUAUUCAUUUGCAUAGGCUUGAGCACCCAGAGACUCGCGAAUAUACUCAAUGAUAUCCCAGCCUUAAGCCGGGCUGCCGAGGAAUUUUUAAUGGUAAAUUUUGACCCUACUUUUGAUCAAGCGACUCUCAUAAGCGCCAAUCAUGUAACUCAGCAGUAUCACUAUCACAACUCAUCACUUCUAAGGCUUCUCAUUGACCAUUUCAUCAAGGAUAGUUUUAGUGCGGCACAGAGCGAUAGCUAUCGAUGUCUGACACCUACUCCCGAGACUCCCGAUGUAAAUCAACUGUUAUAUGGGGAGCCUGAACGGUAUUAUAAUGGUGGGAAUGUGUGCGUGGAUUCGACAAGUUCGAAAUAUGAGGUCCUCAAUGAUCUAAUAACAAUAUUCAGGUAUGUGAAUCCCUCUGCAAACGUUUUGGUUUUCUCGCAGAAUGGCAAUGACCAGGAUUUGCUGAGCUUUCUAAUUUCAGUGAUAAUAAAGAAAAAUUCCAUGGUAAAUAUCGUAGAGGCAUACCAGUAUAUCAAGUCGAUAAGGCCCACGGUAAAUGAUUUCUCUGAAGAAGCAUUGGUUGGCCAUUCCGCUCUUUUGGAUUUUCAUGAACUAGUUAGAGUUAAGGAUCAGGCGAAGCAAAAGAGCUUUAUGGCCCCGAACAGUCCCACACCUUAUUCACGUAGAAGGAGGAAUGAUUCAAUAAGUCAGCGGGAGACUCCAGAACCGGCAGAGGAGCAAAAUUUUGGGUCGAAAAGAAGCCGGUUUGACUGA